AAAAGUUUGAAAAAAAGGAACGUUUCCGACAUUUGAGGUGCGAGCUACAGCAGGGCGCAGCGAAAAGCUUGACCAGCCAUGUUAGGUUAUUUCUAGAGGUUGGCUUUAUUUUGAUUGGCUCUUAGUACUGAAAGCAACAGAUGAAAGCAAAGUCCGCCCCAGUCUCUGCAAAGAUUUUUUGGGUUUGCUCUCCUAAAUUUCUUCUCUCUGUUCAAGAUGGAAACUACCUGGUUGGUUGUCCUGCUUAGAUUAUGCGUCCAAAUUUUUGCUGGCCCCAUUUAUUUACUCUGGUACCUAGGUAUAUGGGGCCCCUUAUGCAAGAAGUUUUUUCCAUAUUUCAUGGCUUCUGUAAGCGUCGAUUACAAUAAGAGGAUGUUUGUCAAGAAAAAGGAACUUUUUAGCAACCUGAAUGACUUUGCAAGGCCUGCAGGAACACUCAGACUAUUGGAGAUCGGCACAGGAACUGGCACCAACUUCCAGUUCUACCCGACAGGAUGCAGAAUCACAUGCACGGAUCCUAACCCCAAUUUUGACAAAUUUCUUGCCGAGAGUCUGUCCCAGAAUCCACACUUGCAAGUAGAGCGCUGCUUGGUGACGCCAGCUGAGGAUCUGCACGAAAUACCGGACGCAUCCGUGGAUGUGGUGGUUUGUACUCUGGUGCUGUGCUCUGUGAAGAGCAUAGAAGGAGUCGUGGUUGAAGUUCUAAGAGUUCUGAGACCGGCCUCGCCACUCCUCUGGAAGGGGAGACAGCAGACUGCAGGCCCCCUUGCCUGCUGCUGCACAGGCCAUGUGCUGGGGGCCCAAAGGGAGGGAGGAAGUUCACCCACUGCCACAGAGGCAUGCUGGCCUUUGCCCUCAGAAGCUGCCACUGCUGUCCCGGAAGAGUCCCCCUUCCUCCAGCUGGAACCACCAAGCAUGCCUUUGAUCAACUGGAGCGGUUUCUUCAUUUUUGAGCACGAGUCGUGCUGCACUCGGGAAGCCACAAUUCUUUAUCCAUCCCUUCUUUCUCCUCUCCUGCUGUGCAUGGAGACAUCACAGGAUGAGGGGAGGUGCUUUCUACUUCUUGGAACAUGUUGCAGAUGCUCCUUCCAGCUGGACUCUCUUCUGGCAGCAAGUCUGUGAACCAACUUGGAGAGUUUUGUUUGAUGGGUGUCAUUUGACAAGAGAAACCUGGAAAGAAUUGGAAAAAGCUGGGUUCUCAGAGGUGAAACUAUGGCAUUUACAAGCCCCUUUAACUUGGAAUCUUAUUCGGCCCCAUAUCAUGGGCUAUGCUGUGAAAUAAUCUGAUAAUAAAUACUACUAAGAGCCA